CGCAUUUUGUCAAACACUUGAGCUGCAAAAAGAGAGGGAAGGAAAAUAGGGAGAAAACGAGCCUCCGAGCAUCCUUCCCAUGGAGAACCAAAGUGAGCUCAUCAUAGAGUUAAGGUCUAAGUUGUCUUCUAGUGAAAACAGAGUAAAGGAACUGGAAGCAGCGCAUGCGAAAUUAGCAUCACUUGUUUCUAGUUGUAUCUGCCACAAGGUGGAGGAGAAUUUUGAUUCUCAUCUGUCAGACAAAAAUAUGUUGGCUGAAAAAAUGGAAAAGUUGAAGCAAGGAAACUCUGUUGAAAAUGGAAAAAGGAAACCAAAGAAGAGACUGUCAGGUUAUAGCUUCAACCCCAUGAAUCAUCACUCACAGAGACUUGUGGCUCUGAAAAUUAUGUAUUUUGGUCAAAGGUUCUAUGGUUUUGCAUCAGAAGCUCAGAUGGAGCCAACUGUGGAGUCUGAAUUGUUCAAAGCACUUGAAAAGACGAGACUUGUACUUGGUGACAAGAAGGAUUUGCAAUAUUCAAGAUGUGGUAGAACAGACAAGGGUGUUUCUUCUGUAGGGCAAGUAAGUUGAAAAAAGAAGUUGUUGCUUUACUAUUGAGGUCAAAGCUUAAGGAACAUGGAGGCAAUACCUCUGAGGAAUUUGUAGACAAAAGAGCAGAGGAGGAAGAGCUGGAUUAUGUAAGAAUAUUGAAUGGAGCUCUCCCAAAUGAUAUUCGAGUGAUGGGCUGGUGUCCUGCUCCUGAUAAUUUUAGUGCAAGGUUUAGUUGUCUGAGUAGGGAAUACAGAUACUUCUUUUGGAGGGAAAAUUUAAACAUAUUGGAAAUGGAGAGUUCAUGUAAAAGGCUGAUUGGGGAACAUGAUUUUAGGAAUUUUUGUAAGAUGGAUGCUGCGAAUGUGCAUAAUUACAAGCGCCGUAUAACAUCAUUCGAUAUAUGUCCUUGCAAUGGAAGUGAUGAGCUGUGGUUUAUGAGAAUCAAAGGCAGUGCUUUCUUGUGGCACCAGGUUCGUUGCAUGGUUGCUGUGUUGUUCUUGAUUGGCCAAGGUCUUGAAUCACCCGAUGUUGUGGAUGCUUUGCUUGAUGUUGAAAAGACGCCUAGGAAACCUCAAUACAAAAUGGCUCCAGAGAUUCCAUUAGUUCUUCGAUCUUGUGAAUUUGAAGGUCUCAAUUUUAUGUGCUCCUCAGAUUCCAGGCGAGCAUUGCAGUUGCAUUUAGAGAAGGAAUGCCAGACAUACAAACUCCAAGCUGCAAUUUUCCAUCAGGCUCUGCUUAAUCUUUCAACCAUUCAAGAUGAUGUGAGUAUAACAAGUAAGACGAAAAAGAAAGUUUCUUCUCAUGUUCCUCUUAUGUCACGUCCUACUGAGCCAUCUUAUAAUGAGCGGCGUGCUAAAUUAUUAACUUAUGCUUUAUCCAAGAAAACAUUACAAGAAUAACUAUAAUUUAUUCUUUAUAUUGUCAUUCUUGUAGCUUGUGUUAGCUUGGUUUGUUUCUUCUCAUGGAAUAUAGUGACUAAAUGUGUUUAAGAGAUAGGGAAUAUAAUUAGAGUGCAUUAUUAUUUAAAGAGAAUUUUUUAUUGUUUUUAUUUUCUUGAUUUUCAUGUCAUGAGCAAAGGCUUUUUGAAGGAAUGGGUUGGGUUUUAAA